AGAGAGCUCCUAGAGUAACUGAGCAAAGAAAAUAAAUAUAUAUAUUUGUAUAAACUUUACAUUUUGUGAUUACGAGAAAAAUCAGCAAAGAUGCGUCGUGCAACCAUUUUAAAUGAUUCCAAUCGUUCAGAGUUGAAUAUAUUCACUCCAACAUCAGAGUUGUCGUAUAGUCACCCGAUUUCAAUGGAUCACAAUCGGCGAUUAAUCAAUGAAAUCGUCGACAAAAUAUUUGAUGACCGUAAAGGUAACAUUGACAUAUCUUCGUCAGAAUGCUCCAGCAAGAAAUUGCAAUCAUCUGAGCAUAGUUUUGAUAAACGUUUAAAGUACUGGAAAGAUGUUUUGCGUGAUCGUGAACGUUUAGGCGACAAAAUACGCAAACAAACUGCUAAAAGCCGUAGCGAAAUUCUCUACAAUCGCGUAAGUACCGUUGAUGAGCGAGAUAAACAUACUGUGCAACGUUUAAUGGAUUACGCACAAAGAAUGGAACCAAUAAGAUUAAUGAACUUGCAGCCAGGCACUUUAAGAGAAAAGUGCGCUAUGGAAACUUGUUUACUUGUGCCCGAAGUGCAAGAAACCCUGCCAAGAGCUGAACGGGAUAUGGGUACAGUUGUAGAGAUUUCAGGUAUACCAAAAGUAGUUAAAACGGAAAUGAUGGGAAAACCGAAAUAUUAUGACUCUGAAAAGGAAUAUAAGUGGUUAAAAUCAAAAGUCCUCGAGCAGAGAAUUGAAGAAAUCGGCGAAGAUAUAGAGCGUGUUAUAGAAUACUAUCCAGAUAUCGAGAAUUUACAAAUUGUUGGCGAAAGUUUGAUUAAAUCUACUGUUAUGAAACGCAGUUCGGAUAUACAGGUGCUGCGCCACGUUGACAUCGUUAAUAUCUCCAGUGAAUCUACGCAAGGCGGCUUACAAGCUUUGGAAAUCGUUAGUGGUAGGCUUGAUAUAAUUGAAAAUGUAGACUAUGCUAUGAAGGUAAACGACUUUACCUUCGCAAUGGGUGAGAAGCGUAGUUCGAAAAAUGUUAGUGUCGAGGUUAGUUUUGUAUCUCAGCCGUUUGAAAGAAAAGUCAAACAGGUGCUUACCAUUAAAAACCUUGGCAAAAAAGUGUUGAAUUUCGAAUGGACACAUCGCUCGUAUUAUGAGAAGAAUUCAGUGCUACUGAAAUCAUUGGAUAAUGAAUUUCUGUUCGAUCGAAGGCCGUUUCGAUUGUAUUCGAGUGAAAUGAGAGAAAUCAAUAUUCUUUAUCAGCCCCGACGAGUCGAUAUAGUCAAAUCUAAAUGGAUUUUGAAGGUGGAACCCCAAUUUUUUUGCCGCAAAUUGGACGGUAUCGUAAUGAAAUUAUCGGGUAUUUGCAAUGUUCCACCCGAAUAUGAGAAAAAAAUUUUGGAUCUUCAAAGGGAAGUUAUUGAAAAAUCCAAUUUGACAAUGAUGCGCAAGUUAACCACUAAUUUAGCUUCAACUACUCCGCUAAUACGGCCUGUUGAAGCGGCAUGCCCCUAUCAGCGUGUUCUUAACGAAAUGGAAUUGUUCGAACAACGCAAUCCUGGGUACAAAUGUGAGCGUUAUCAUGAUCUUGAGUUGUUGAGGGAGCUUUAUCGACGGGUCAAAAAACCGCGUUCACAACCCUGGAAUUUGGAAAUUGAUACUCUCAAAAAUGUCAUCAUCCUCAUAUCUAGUCCUAAACAACGUGCUUUAUACAUAAAUGAAUUAGCUAGCAUAUUAGGGCCCAUGAAAGGACCAUGUAUGGACUUGGAAAAACGUAUAGUCGAAAAUCCCGAGAAGGAUCGCACUAAACUGGUAUUUGUACGCGGUAUCAUCUGUACAGGCAUUGAUGAUUGGGAAGAGCUGACAUUAAAUUUGGAGGAGGCAUUUGUAAAAACCACUUUACCUAUAUUCCAUGAAGAAGUUGCAAAAUAUUAUGCUACAUUAGGAGAAAUUGACAGUGACGAAGAGUUCGAAGAGCGUCAGUAUCCACCAAUGCACGAUGAAAAACUGGUUCGAACAUUUGUCAUUGAGAAGCGCGUAAGACGCUUGAAAGCAUUUCGUGAUUCACUGUUCAUGCAAACUUACACUUUGUUAUGCAACUUUAUAGAGGAUAUCGUCAACAUUAUUGAAAGCACGGCUGCGGUUUAA